CGCCGUUCUUCCGUCGGCCAUUUUAGGUGGUCCGCGGCGGCGCCAUUAAAGCGAGGAGAAGGCAAGAGCGUCCGCCGCUGCUUCUUAUUCCUUUUUAGCGCAGCCGGAGAGAGCGGGAGUGUGCCGCGCAAGAGUGGGAGGCGAAGGAAGCAGGCCAGGGAGAAGCGCAGGAGCUUUUGCAGCCACGCGCGCGCCUUCUCUGUCUUGUGUGCUUCGCGAGGUACAGCGAGCGCGCGGCAGCGGCGGCGAUUACUUUGCUGCUAGUUUCGGCUCGCGGCAGCGGCGGGUGUAGUCUCGGCGGCAGGAGAGGCAGUAGCACUAUGUCGGAGGAGCAGUUCGGUGGGGACGGGGUGGCGGCGGCGGCAACGGCGGCGGUAGGCGGCUCGGCGGGCGAGCAGGAGGGAGCCAUGGUGGCGGCGGCGCAGGGGACAGCGGCGGCGGCGGGAAGCGGAACCGGGACCGGGGGCGGAACCGCAGCGGGAGGCACCGAAGGGGGCAGCGCCGAGUCAGAGGGGGCGAAGAUCGAUGCCAGUAAGAAUGAAGAGGAUGAAGGCCAUUCAAACUCCUCCCCACGACACACUGAAGCAGCGACGGCACAGCGGGAAGAAUGGAAAAUGUUUAUAGGAGGCCUUAGCUGGGACACUACGAAGAAAGAUCUGAAGGACUACUUCUCCAAAUUUGGUGAAGUUGUAGACUGCACUCUGAAGUUAGAUCCUAUCACAGGGCGAUCAAGGGGUUUUGGCUUUGUGCUAUUUAAAGAGUCGGAGAGUGUAGAUAAGGUCAUGGAUCAAAAAGAACAUAAAUUGAAUGGGAAAGUGAUUGAUCCUAAAAGGGCCAAAGCCAUGAAAACAAAAGAGCCUGUUAAAAAAAUUUUUGUUGGUGGCCUUUCUCCAGAUACACCUGAAGAGAAAAUAAGGGAGUACUUUGGUGGUUUUGGUGAGGUGGAAUCCAUAGAGCUCCCCAUGGACAACAAGACCAAUAAGAGGCGUGGAUUCUGCUUUAUUACUUUUAAGGAAGAGGAGCCAGUGAAGAAGAUAAUGGAAAAGAAAUAUCACAAUGUUGGUCUUAGUAAAUGUGAAAUAAAAGUAGCCAUGUCGAAGGAACAGUAUCAGCAACAGCAACAGUGGGGAUCUAGAGGAGGAUUUGCAGGAAGAGCUCGUGGAAGAGGUGGUGGCCCCAGUCAAAACUGGAACCAGGGAUAUAGUAACUAUUGGAAUCAAGGCUAUGGCAACUAUGGAUAUAACAGCCAAGGUUACGGUGGUUAUGGAGGAUAUGACUACACUGGUUACAACAACUACUAUGGAUAUGGUGAUUAUAGCAACCAGCAGAGUGGUUAUGGGAAAGUAUCCAGGCGAGGUGGUCAUCAAAAUAGCUACAAACCAUACUAAAUUAUUCCGUUUGCAACUUAUCCCCAACAGGUGGUGAAGCAGUAUUUUCCAAUUUGAAGAUUCAUUUGAGGGUGGCUCCUGCCACCUGCUAAUAGCAGUUCAAAUUAAAUUUUUUGUAUCAAGUCCCCGAAUGGAAGUAUGACGUUGGGUCCCUCUGAAGUUUAAUUCUGAGUUUUCAUUAAAAGAAAUUUGCUUUCAUUGUUUUAUUUCUUAAUUGCUAUGCUUCAGAAUCAAUUUGUGUUUUAUGCCCCUUCCCCCAGUAUUGUAGAGCAAGUCUUGUGUUAAAAGCCCAGUGUGACAGUGUCAUGAUGUAGUAGUGUCUUACUGUUUUUUAAUAAAUCCUUUUGUAUAAAAAUGUAUUGGCUCUUUUAUCAGAAUAGGAAAAAUUGAGGAGUAUUAAAAAUGCCAUGCAUUCAAGUUAGAAGGCUAAAUUUGGAAAAUAGCAAACCCUGUCAAAAUCGAGAACACAGUUAAAAUUGCAGUAAAAUUUUAAAUGUUUUUUUUUCUUUUGCAAAGUCAGAUUUAUGCCACAUGUGACCUCCCUGUCCAAAUUUGAAAUGACUUAAUGUGGUCAGUUUGUCAGAUAUUCUGGUAACACUUCCCUUUAUGUAGCCACUUAAGAUUUAUAUGAAUACUUUUCCUAAUUCCCAUUUUUCGCUUAAUCUGUAUUGUGCUUUUAGAACAAAUCUGGAUAAAUUGCAACCCUUUGCACAAAUAGUUAAUUUUUUGUGCUUCCGUUAAAUAAAAAAAUAAGGAGUUUAAAUCCGUUGAUCAUAAUAUAAAUGCAGCUAUUUCAGAGUGAUUUUGUAGAGCUUUGGUGAAUUUAUGCUCCGUAGAUAUUCAAGUGUUGAGGGAAUUAAUUUUCUUGAGUGAGGAUUAAACAAAUGUAUACUGUUUUCUAUAUAUGUGUGUGUGCUUAUUCAUUUCAAUGAUUUUAUUUCCCGUUAAAGUCUUAGUUUUUUGGGUUAGAACCUUCAAAUAUCCAGAGUGGGACUUGAAGACCUAGAAUUUUUGAGUUCUAAGAAGGUGUAGCCAAGAGUCUAGUUGAUAGCUUCAGAAUUAGGUUGGAAUAGUUUCGUUUUCCAUCAUUUGUAAGAUGUAGAAGUCAAUAACCUUCAAGUUGGAAGAUUCUUGGCAUUUAUUGUUAGCAUUCAGGGAAGUGAUAACCUUCAACUUGGAAAAUCAUUUGUAGUUAUUACUCAAGUGAAUGCUAAAAUAUAUUCAACCCUGAGUGGUAAUUUAAGACGCUAUUUAGUUUUUCAAGUCAGACUAUUGAAAAUGGUCUAGAAAUGUAAUGUUAAAAUGAGAAAUGGUCUAAUUUUAGAGUGAAAUGAUAAAAAUAAUUUUGCAUUUUUGGAGUUGAAUUAUGCCUGUCAAGAAUAUGACCUUCAACUAGUCAAGUGGCUCAAUGAGCAAAAUUAAGUGUUCCUAAAAUAAGCUAAAUUUUUAUGACACUUCACUUGGGCCUGCAGCCUGUUUUUGUUGAAGAAAAGUACAGGGCACAGUUAAAUACUCAUUUGGUUAUGUAUUGUGUAUGGCUGUUUUUCACUACAACAAGUAGUUAAGUAAGAUAGAGGCCCCUAGCACCUGCACAACUUAAAAUCUGGCCCUUUGCAGAAAAAGUUUGCCGACUUAGUUUGUUUUUGGAUUAUUUAGCUGUAAUGUCUUAGUAACACUAUAAUUUAUAAAUAUACCACAUCUGAAACUCUGAAAAGGGAGUUAAAACAGUGCUUUUAAGAUGAGGUUUGUUUGCUUGCAGUGGCUAACACAAAACUGCCAGAUUAAUUUUGAUUUUCACUGUAGUGCUAGGAUGUUUAUCAGAUACUGGCUUGGUUGAGUAUUAGCAGAAAACAAGGAGAAACUAAGUAAAACUACUUGGAUUUAAUUUUUUGCCUCCAGUAAUUUUGUCUCAGACAGACUAGAAAUAAGGCCUGGUGAUCUAACACUCACCUCCGAAAAAAAUAAAAAGCUAGUGAAAACUGUAUCCCAACAGUCUGAUCCCUUGUGCAUGGUGUCCUCAUGAGUCAAGGCUGACUCAAAGGCUAACAAUAACUUAAUGUUGAAAAUUUUGAGGUGAUUAAUUUCUACCUUUGACUUAAUGAAAGUUGUACAUAGAGUUGGAGAAAAACUAAUGAUUUUUACAGUAUUUGCUUCCAUAUAUCUCACAUUCUCAGAUCCACUUCUGUCAUCUCUUGACGUCGAUUUUUUUCUGUACGAAUUAUUUCCAGUCUUACACAGAAUUGAAAAAUUCUCCAUAAAGAAUCUAUUUGAUAAUUACCAACUUCAUAGUUCUGAUUGCCCUCAAGUACUGCUGAGUGGUAGUUGAGGUGGUGGCAUUAUUCUUUGCCUUUCAAAUUAGUUCCUGUUUUCUGAAUCCUCAUUUUCUGGGGUUCUGGUGCAGUACAUCUUCCAGUAGCUUUGAGACCUUUGUGUCUAAAAAGGUCUAAUCUACCCACUAACUGGAUUAGUUUGGCUAGCUACAGACUUCUAGGUUGCAAGUGACUCAAAACACUUAACAGUGUUGGAGUGAAGACGCUGGAUGUUAUUCUGGUUCUUGAUAUUUCGUAUGAAAUCUUUUUGCGCUGAAAUCCCUUAAGGUUUUCUGUUUAUUGCCAGUGUUCUGAAAUUUUAUGACUUUGGUUGGGUUUAUUUCAUCCAUUGUGCUGGGCAUCAGAGGAUCCUGUCCUGUAAACUUGCUUUUCAAUUCUGGGGAAUGUUACUGAAUAAUCCCCCCAUUCCUUCCUGACCAUACUAAUCUUCCUGUUCUCGGGAAUUCCUGUUAUUUGGGUGCAAGGCCUGGACAUCUUUUUUUCACCCCAGUCUCUUUGAUCUGCUUUUUUAGGACAUUUAUACAACUUUUAGCCUUUUAAAAAAUGUUUUAAAUGCAAUUUGUCUCUAAUUUCUAGUAGUC